AUGCGGUCUGCGGCUGGCUGUAUCAACUCCAUUGCGUACCGCCCAAUGCUCCUGCUUAGCCCGGCAGAUAUCCAACGCGAGACCAAAAAGAGCGAAUAUGUGGAUUAUGGGGCCCAAGCAAUGAAGCAGUUGGUGGAAGCCUUGGAAGAAAAAUCUCCAUCGACACCAGACGCAAUCGCGAAGGCAUUCUCGUCUUUCAUUCAGCAUCGACUUGAGAGCCCUACGGAUUUAACAGCUGCACAAGCAAAAUUCUUACUGUGGGCAUGGGAAUAUUUGGACAGUGUCGUCAAGGAAAAUCAGUCGGCGAGCUUGGAACAGAGUAUUGCGCAACCCGAAGAUAUCCUAAAUGCCCUAUCGCAAUCGCAGUGGGAACCCUACGCCAAUAGCGAUGUGUGCUCCCUUUCGAAAUCUAUUUUCCGAAAGAUCUGUCACAAGUCUGAUGCGGAAUCCGGCGCUGAACCAUUUCCUAGUCGGGAGGUCUUAUAUCCAUAUUUACAUAUCCUAGCGGCCACUGGUGAACUCCGCGAAGCCCUCCAAGUGAUAGACAAUUACCGGUCAUCUGUCUUCAGAAAUGCGGGGAUAAACCCUUGGGUACCUGUGGCAAAGGGUGUUAUGAAAGAGGGACUAGGUGCUUUGAAUAUAAUCUUUCAGCACAUGAAAAAACAUGGAAUUCAACUCAACCAAAAUACCCAUGAAAUAUUGACGGUGGCAGCUGCGAAGGAGGGUAGGGCAUCAACAGCAAAAUUUAUGUACGAAUACAAAAUAAACAACCGUUUGCAGCCUACUCUUGCUGCGACAAUUGCCGCUGCAAAUGCGAUGAUUUGGCACGGCAAGGCCGGUUGGGCAAGAGAUCUGCUCACGCUUCCACGCCGGAACCCAACACCAGAAAUUAGAGAUGCGGUUUUGCUUCUAGCCGUCAGAAAAGGACAAGGAGCAGGUGAUGUGGACAAAAAGCUAGUUGAUCUGUGUACAAUAAACCCUGACCUAGGGUCGACUUUAACUAUUGCCACUAUCAACAAACUUUUGGAAUUCAAGGUCAUCAAGCACGAAUAUGAUGGCAUCGACGAUAUUGUCUCACUUGCCAAAGCGUGGGGCCUAGAGCCAGAUGGGUUUACAGGCAUGUCAAGGGUGAUUGUUCCUUUACACGCUGGUGAUAUCCCCGGCGCACUCUGUAUGUAUGAGGAGCUAGGCUUGCGCGAGCUUACAGGGAAGGCUGUUGGUCUGUGGAAUAUAAUUUUGAGAAAACUCUGCGUGGCAGCACAAGCCGAUCCUGAAGACGAGACUGUCCUAGCUUUCAUCGAUCGCCUCCUCGAAUCAGAUUGCCGCUUUGAAGCUGCUACCUUGGAAGAGCUGUGCCGAAUGCUACUCCUUCGCCAUGACCUAGAGGGCAUAUCAGAACUACUAAAGCCAUUGGCUAGUUCUUGCAGCAUACCAGGGCUCUCGCAAGUUCUAAACCCAUUCUCACAAUUUAUUGCUGACCCACAUGAAUCUUCCGAAACCGCCUGGGAGGUUUAUGACCUACUCGCGCGUGCGGUCCCUUACGCGCCUAUGGAAUUCUGGACGCAGAACAUGAAACAAUUUUUCAAGCGGGGCCGGCCAGAUCUAGCAUGCCUUGUGUUUGGACACAUGCGCAAAAAAGUGAAUCCACAAGAUCGACCUACAGCCCAUACGUAUGCAGUGUGUUUCCAUUGCCUCGCAAAGACAGCUUAUUCGGAAGGCAUUUUUCUUGUGCACAACAUGCUGAAACUGGACGUCGAGGUGGAAUGGACAAGGACAUUACUGCACAAGCUUAUGGCAGCAUACACUGCAUGCGGAAAGCACGAGCAGGCGAUGGAAUGCUUCAGGGAGAUUUUGCAUUCGGACGAGGGCCCCUCUUACUACUCUCUUACGUUAUUUUUCCGCGCAUGCGCGACAUACCGCAAAGGGCUACAGGAAGCGACCGAGAUGGUUGAGAAAUUGAAAGCGCUCAAUCUCCCUCUGAAUAGGAGAACUUACAAUAACUAUAUCCGCGCGCUGAGCGUCCAUGGCGAGCUUGAACGUGCUUCAGACGCUAUCAGUGUAAUGCACGCAGAAACCGGAGAAACCCCUACAGUGCCUACUAUUGGGCUCCUGUAUAACAACCUCCCUAAUCAGAAAUGGCGCGACCAGGCCGAAUCAUGGGCUAGGAUGACCUUUCCAGAUCUCUGGGCCGAACUUGAAAAGUUACCCUCAACCGUAGAUGAGGAUGGAGUUCGAUCUUAUGACCUUACCAAUUGGGAUGGAGAAGGACACUCUAGAGGCUUGGAGAAUGAUGAUUGA